GUGACCCGCUCGCACAAGUUCAACGACCGUAACCACGUCGGCUUGGCCGACGGUACCGCCGCCCCCGAGGACCAUCUCCCACGCUACUUCGGGAAAUCUGGCUUUGAGGGUACCGACCCCAAGAAGAUCAAGAAGCAGGGUGGUGGUCGGGCCAAUUGGGGUGCCGUUGGCGAGGAGAUUGUCGACGAAGGGGACUUCCACUUUGUCAAAGCUCGUCGUCGCUCCAACAGCAGUGGCUUCGCUCACCAUAUCCGCGACUUCAAGACCAAGUUCGACGUGAAUGAGCCAGAGCCGGUCUUCGAGGAGUCUGUCCACGGUCCUCACGAGGAAGAGUCCGGC